AUGGCCUGGUCUGCGCCCUGGAACCUGGCCCUCCCAACGCUCCCAAGUGGGCCUUGCUGUGGCCUUGGCUGUGGCCUGACGGGCACGGCAUGGCGUCAUGGUGGCAUCCCGCAUCCAGCAAGACAGGCCCUUGACAAGGCAUCCAAAUGUACAGCUCCUGCGGUUGCAGCGGCGCUUUACAUGAGGGCCAGUCAGCGCAGGACGAGGUCCAGGAGCCUCUGCUGGUGCCUCCAGUCUGCAGCAAUCGUUGACUGUGGCACCAAGGGCCAAGGCGUUUUGGCCACACAGGACAUCCGGCCUGGGGAGAGGCUUUUGUGUGAAGUGCCUCUCAUGAGAUUGACAGUGACUGGACGUGAUACCACGUGGUACGACGAUGCGGAGGAGCAGUUCGAGAGGUCCUCACGAGAUGUUCAAGAGCGGAUCUUCUGCUUGGCGGACACCUUCUCCGAUGCCCCGAAGUCACUGUUGGGAAUCUUGAGGACCAACCUUUUCUCCGCAGAUGAGUCAGAUGAUGUCCUUCUGUGUGACAUCGCAAGCCGCUUCAACCACUCCUGCAAUGCAAACUGCGAACAGGUUUGGAACAAGGAGACGGGGCACAUGGAGGUUCGCUCUUGCACAGACAUUCUGGCAGGACAAGAAUUGUGCGUUCGCUACAUUGACAUUCGCGGAACCUUGAGCUAUCGUCAGUACUUGCUGAAGAAGAUGUUCGGCUUCGACUGCGCUUGCCAGGUUUGUGCCAGUGGCAUUGAUGAGCGAAGUGACUCCCGGCGUAGUGAGAUGGCCUGCCUUUCUGAUGUUCUGGACCACGUGGAGCCGGGCAAAGAGGAGGUUUCAACCCGCACUCUGCUGAGACAGGUGAAGCGUCUGCUGGUCCUUUAUGACGAAGAGGGCUUGCAUGAUCAGAGCAGCCGACUGUUGGCCUUCGAAGCAGCUGCGGCUCUGGAAGAGCAUCGAGGCAACACGGCUGGCUUGCUCCGGUGGCUUCAAAGGGCAUUGCGAUGUUCAGAGCUGAUCAGAGGAAGUGAACAUCCAGCCACCCGUCAGCUGCGCGCCAGGGAACUACAAACUCGGUCAGUUUUGGCGAAGGCAGCAGAAACGCAGAACCCUUUGAUUGAGUCCUUCUACGCAGGCGCGGCAACCUUUCAGCAGACCAAAGGGCUUCUCAAGCGUGAGUAUUACGAUGGAGUCUACCAGGUCCUUCCGUACUACACGGCCUACUACAUGGGCUUCCUCGCCAUGCAGGUACCGUGGACGCUCGCAUGGGCGACACCGCUAUACUUGCUCAUCGGGCUACCACUGGAUGCAUACCGCUUUGGCGUGUUCGUGCUGACGACCUUCUUGGUGCUUCUGUUUGCCUGUGUAGCUGGCUCUGCGGUUGGGGCCCAGACGCGCGACGCAGAUGGCAACAGGGCAGUCCUGAUGCCGCUCAUCAUCCCGGCGACUUUAUUUUCAGGAUACGUCAUUCCUUUUGACCAAAUUCCAAAAAUCUGGCUGCCUUUCUACUACAUGUCGCCGAUCAUGUGGGCUAUGAGCAUCUUUGAGACGAGCCUCUACGAGGGAGUCGUUUUUGAGGACUGCAAUCCACACAUGCCAAUGUGGAGACGGAGGUGCUUUGCCACAGGCGAGGAGUACCUCGAGCACGCCACCUGCGAGGCAGCGCAGAAGCUUGGAGUGUCGGGAAUGCUUGCAGUGUGCGCAAUCUACCUCCUUCUCGGCCUGCUUCUGAACGUUCGCAUGAUCCGUCGGGCAGUCCUGGACGGAAAUGUCUGA